AUGCGUCCCUUCACCUUCGCCUCAUUGUUUCUAGUUCCUGGGCCGAUUUUCGGUGUCUACUCGACCGCACUCAAAACGGUUCGAGGCAAAACGCCAGCUUAUCCACAUGAUCCUAAUACCACCAAGUACUGUGCUUAUUGGUGGGACAAUGAGGGGAGCAUCCCUUGCACGCUGAUGCCUGACACCUGGAGCAUCUUACUGGGAGACUUCUUGAGAUGGAAUCCCUCCAUCACACCUACUUGCGAGAAUUUUGUCACGGGAAAGAGUUACUGUGUUGAAGCUUCUGGCGAGGUCACCAUAACCUUAGCCUCUCCGCCCUCGAUCGGGACCACGACAAGUCCGGCGACCACUGGCAUGGCCACAAACUGCAACAGGUUUCACUUCGUCCAAAAGGACCAGACGUGUACAGACAUUGCGGCUCUCUAUUCCAUCACGACGGCGCAGUUCAUCCAAUACAACCCUGCCGUGAGGGCCGAGUACACUGGUCUCUGGGCUUCCAUACCCGGAAUGGUCGACUACUGCAACAAGUUCUACUAUGUCAAGCCUGGCGACACUUGCGACAGCAUCGCCUUCUGGAACGGUGUCCCAGGAACCCAGUGGGUCAAGCUCUGGAACAACCUGGCUAAAGACUGCCGAUCGUUGCAAGCGGAUACCUACGCUUGCAUCGGCGUCAUUGGAGGCACACCGACCCCAACAACUACCACGCGGGGCAAUGGCAUCGUCACACCGACGCCGACACAGUCUGGGAUGGUAAAUAACUGCAAGAGAUUCACCUAUGUCAGAGCCGGUGAUACAUGCGACAGCAUCGCCUCCGGGAACGGUGUUUCCACUGCGAACUUCAUCCUGUAGAACUCGUGUGUUGGGGGGCAAGCGUGCCGUAAUCUGCAGGCGAACACGUAUGUCUGUGUGGGCAUCUAACAUCAGCCAUGUGAUGACGAGAAGCUGGCUGUCAAGUGGAGAAGUAUCAUUCCUGGGACUUUUGUAACCGCCUACUACUAGUAUUCAUAGUGUUGUCAAUCUUGUUUCCGUCACAGCCAUUGUUGUGUAACUUGUGUUCCGGGGGGAAGCACUAUGGAAUAGUAAGGAUUCAUUAUUGCGAAGCACUGCUACUAGUAGCAAUGCCCUCAUAAGAAAACUGAAAGGUACCAAGGGGAAUUCGGAAGGUUUGACAGUUUGCGG